GCCAUGCGUGAACUCGCUUCCCUGGGGCGAGUCCUGUGCCGACAGCAGCUGGCUCUGCCCUCAGCACAGAAGGCACACCUCGGGUCGGCCUCUGCGGCCAGGACAGCGGCACGCACGGAGCUCACGACCUGGCACCGAGCAGAUGCCUGGGAAAGGGCAGUCUCUGAAGAUCCACUGUGUCCAGCACUGUGCAGACAGCCUCACGCAGAGUAACAUCUCAGGCGCUGAGAUCUGGCCCUCCUGCUCGUGAGACGCAGACUCCAGCUGGACCUGUGACGGUGCCACCCCGGGGACUGCCUGGGCAGGUGGUGAGCACCCCAUCCCUGGGAGGAUCCAAUCAGGGCUGCCAUGGAAGAAAGCCCCUAUUCAGACGUCCUGGAUCUGCACGGACGGCGGCGGCGGUGCUGCCGGCCUGGGGUGCUGACUGCACUGCUGGGGCUGGUGACAACUGCGCUGUGGGCCGGGCUGCUGACUCUGCUUCUCCUGUGGCGCUGGGACACUGUACAGGAUCUGAAACAGCUGGAAGACACUGCAGCCCUGAACAUCUCUCAGGUUUCCAAGGACUUGGAAAGACAUAAGGGUGACCAGAUGGCCCAGAGGUCCCAGGAGGCUCAGGCACUGCGGACGGUGGAAGAAAUCCAAGCAGAACAGAGGAGAAUGAAAACCCAGGACUCUGAGCUGUCCCGGGACCUGGAUGGACUCCGAGAGGAUCUGACCAACCUCAAGUCCCAGGGCUUGAACGAGAAACGUGCAGCUUUGACUUCACUGGAAAGGCUCCAGGAGGAGGUGUCCAAGCUGUGGGUGGAGCUUCGCGUGUCCAACGGCUCCAUGUGUAACACGUGCCCUGAGGAGUGGGUCAGUUUCCAACAGAAGUGCUACUACUUCGGGGAGGGUGCCAAGAGGUGGAUCCAGGCACGGUUCGCCUGCAGCGAACUCCAUGGGCGGCUGGUCAGCAUCCACAACCAGGAGGAGCAGGACUUCCUGGCCAAAUAUGUCAACAAGAAGGGCUCCUGGAUCGGCCUUCGAGAUCUGGACAUAGAGGGGGAAUUUGUCUGGAUGGACGGGAGCCCCCUGGAGUAUAGCAACUGGCGGCCAGGGGAGCCCAACAACGGGGGCGAGGGCGAGGACUGCGUGAUGAUGUUGGGCCUCGGGCAGUGGAACGACGCCUUCUGCAACAGUCAUCUCGAGGGCUGGAUGUGUGACCGGUUGGCCACGUGCUGACUGCCCACCUCCCGCUCCGUCUCCCAGAUGUGGACCCCGACAGCCCCCUGCCUGCCCUCCACAUGUGCUCCACUUCGUGAUCCCCCACCUCAAUUAUGGGAACAGCCAGGCCCCGAGUGGAGCGCUGCGGCCCCAGCCGAGGCCAGGUGCCUCUUUCAUGGUCAAAGGGUCCCAGUGACAUUUUCUCCUGCCUGAAGGAGGGCAGCUGACCCACCCCCGAUUCCUGCCAACUCCCCAAAGGGCCUGUCCCCUGCCCCUCAGCCCAAGUAGCUGUCACCACCUCCCUGUCUUCAGAUGUUCAGAGCUCCCCCCUCAGGAACCCCUGUGGCCAGCCUGGAGGCUGGGAGCUCCCACCACAGGCAACCCUCUGGGCAGCCCAGCUUUGCAGGGGGCAGCGGAGGCCCCUGUGUGCCUCCUCCGUCAACCCACCUCACCUGCCCCUGCAGGAGUCAGGAGCAGAGCCCACCUUCAUCCUCCCUAGAUGUAGCCCCUCCCUGCCCUGGCCCCACAGCUCCAAGAGAGCCCUGCCUGCAUUGUACACACCCUCCUGAGGGGCCUCCCUAGCUUCGGCCUCCAGGUGUGGAAGGUGGGAGCUGGGAGCUCCAGCACCUGGUGUCUGAGGCCACCUCUGUGCACUGAGAACAGCUGAGGUGGCAUUCAGACCUGACCACCCCUUCUCCCUGCUGUGUUACAAGAAGCAUGCCCUAGGCGGGGCGGGAGGUGAGGGCUCUGGGCCCCAGUGGAGCACCGGGCAUCCAGGGUCCCCUGGCAAUGCCACCGCAGGGUGAAGCAGUGCCCUGCCCCGAGCCUGGCUCCACGCUCAGGCCACCAGGGAAAGGGCCUGAGUUGACGCACGGCCCAGGACAGAAGGUGCUCACAAAGUGCUAGCUGGCUGAAGGGACUGGGGGGGGGGGGGCAGGCCCAGUCACCUGGCAGUUGAGGUCGAGACUCCUGCCCCACUGUCCCUCAGGGGCGGAGGCAACACCAGGCCCAGGCUUGGCCAAGAUCAGCCUGGUGCUGAAGCAGGAGGGCAGCAGGCCAGGCUCUCCGGACACCCGUCGUUGAACUCCUCGCCUGCCUGUCCCACCCCCAACUUCUGGCCCAGAGAAGAGCCAGACAUAGGCACACAAUUCUCAGGGCCCCUUGAGGGAGAGGAAGAGUCUAGGCACACAUGCCCAUGAUGGACCGCCUGGGACACAGGGGGCCAAGGGCCAGCCGUGGCCCCAGGGCUGGGCAGCGCACUGUAGUGGCACCUGGGAGUCCUGGGGCUCAGGACGAGGCAGGGAAAGAGCUAGAACCUGACUGAAACCUGGGCCGGAAUCCCAGACACACGGAGUUGUCUCCUCCCCUGAGCUGGUGUGGUCUCACCCUCCACUGUCCCAAACCUUUCACAUGCAUCCUCUGCCCUUACAGAAUGGCCACCCUCAGCUCCCCACUGCUCCUGGAACUCUUCCGCUCAUGCCAGCCUCAGGGCCUCUACACGUGCAUCCCCCAACUCCUCAGCAAAACCUGUCCUCAGCACCCCUCACUUAAAAUGACACCCCAACUCUGACUUUCUGCCCCAUUGUACACUCUCAUCACAACCCGAAAUGUUGAAUUAACCAAUCUGUCACUGCCCAUCUCUGCUGGCUAGAAUGUGGCUUCAGGGCAGGGGCCUUUGUCUUGUUCUCAGCUGUGUCCCCAACACCUGGUGUGGUAGGCACUCAAUAAAUACGUCAAACUAA